AUGAACGACGUGACCAUGCACAAGCACGCAUCCAUCUUCACCAAGCCCCUGACGGAACGCGACGCCCCAGGCUACCGGGAUCUGAUCUACCGGCCGCAGGACCUCAAAUCCAUCAAGUCAUGCAUCCACCAAGGCACCCGAGCGGUCACAGCGGCAGCAGAAGCAGCCAACACGCCCAUGGCAGACGGCGAGUCGCCCGCACCGGGGGGGACACCAUCCAAAAACGCGGUCCUCCUACUCCCACGUAGCGAGGAAGUGAUCCCGCCGCGCGGCAUCGUCAACUCCGCCCAGCUAGAGAAGGAACUGAUCCGCAUGUUCGCCAACGCCGUCAUGUUCAACCCGGUUCCCCAGCGCGGGUUCGGGCCAGCGUUCCCGCUCACGGCGGACGGGGCGUCGCGCGAGAGCACACUCGUGCCGGAGCCCGACGAGGGCGGCAUCAUCAAGGACACGCUGGAGAUGUUCGAGGACGUCGAGCAGGCGGUUACGCGAUGGCGCGCGGCCGAACGCACGGCAGAUGAGCUCGCUAGCAAGAGCUAUCUACAACUCCAAAUCCACAAGUCAUAA